AUGGCAAAUCUAGGCUCACUUCUAUUUUGCCUCCUAGUCCUAGCUAGCUCUCUGUAUCAGAGAGAGCUUGCCACAGCAAAACUCAUUUCCUCUUCAUUUAACCGUAGUAGUUUCCCACCUGGUUUUGCCUUUGGAGCAUCCUCAUCUGCCUACCAGUAUGAAGGUGCAGCAAAUGAAGAUGGGAAAGGCCCAAACAAAAUAUUGAACAGGAGUAAUGGAGAUGUAGCAAACAACUUCUAUCAUCUUUAUAAGGUAUGGGACGAUUUUCGAGAUUUUGCAGAACUUUGCUUCAAAGAAUUUGGUGAUCGGGUCAAGCAUUGGAUCACUAUGAAUGAGCCAUCUAUUUUCAUCUACAGCGGUUAUGACACCGGCACCCUUGCUCCCGGACGGUGUUCUGCUUGGAUGUCGAAUGGGUGUCCGGCCGGAAACUCAGCGACGGAACCGUACGUGGUUGGCCACCAUAUGCUCCUUUGCCAUGCUGCAACCGUCAAACUAUACAAGGAGAAAUUCCAGGCAUCUCAAAAGGGUGAAAUAGGGAUAACACUAGUGUCUCACUGGAUGGUGCCUCAGUCCACCAGCAAAUCCGACAUUAGAGCAGCGCAAAGAGCCCUGGAUUUCAUGUAUGGAUGGUUCAUACACCCAUUAGUAUAUGGUGACUACCCUCAAAGCAUGCACAAACUGGUCGGGAAACGGUUGCCAAAAUUCACUAUUGAACAAGCAGUGUCUUUGAAAGGGUCUUUCGACUUCCUGGGACUAAACUACUACACUGCAAAUUAUGCAGCUAAUGUUCGUUUUCCUAAUACUAUUAAUGUCAGCAGCUCAACAGAUUCUCAAGUUCACCUUUCAACGGAGAAAAAUGGAAAACCCAUCGGUGAUUCGACAGGGGUGAGUACCUUUUUCGUCUAUCCGAAAGGACUUCGAAAUCUUCUGAUCUACACAAAGGAGAAAUACAACAAUCCAACCAUUUACAUUACUGAGAAUGGUAUUGGUGACGCCAAUAACAGUACGACUAAGGAAGGCAUCAAGGAUAUGCAGAGGAUAGAUUUCUACCAUCGCCACCUUUCGGCAGUUGAGGAAGCCAUUAAGUGA